AUGGUUGGGAAGACCGGAGUUGGGAAGAGCACCACAGGAAACACUAUUCUGGGAAAACAGAUCUUUAAAUCAGAGUUCUCCCCUAAAUCUUUGACUAAAGUCUGUAAAAAGGCCUUUGGUGAAGUGGACGGGCAAAAGGUUUCUGUUAUUGACUCUCCAGGUCUGUUUGACACCAGGACUGAUGAAAACACAACCUGUCAAGAAAUAUUCCGGUGCAUGUAUUAUGCUGCUCCUGGACCACAUGUCUUCCUGGUCGUCAUCAGACUGGGCAGAUACACAGAGGAAGAAAUGAAUACAGUGCUGAAGAUUCAGGAACUGUUUGGAGAGGGAGCAGACAGAUACAGCAUGGUUCUCUUUACCCACGGUGAUCUGCUCAAAGGGAAGCCUAUUGAGGAGUUCUUGAAUGAAAGCCAAGACUUGAAGGAACUUGUAGACAAAUAUUACGGCCACUAUCACGUCUUCAAUAAUAAGGAGAAAGAUCAGUCGCAGGUCAGAGAGCUGCUCUACAAGAUCAGAAACAUAUUGGCGGAGAACGGAGGAAGCCAUUACACCACUGAAAUGUUCCAGAAGGCAGAGAAGGCGAUUGAAAAGGAAAAACAACGAAUGAGAGAAGAGCAAAUGCGCAAACAGGAGGAGGAGCUGAAGAAAAAAAUAGAGGAAGAGUUUGAGCAACAAAUGAGGGAAGUGAAGGAUAAAAUGGAGAAUUUGAAUAAGUUAAAGGAAUCUCGUGAAAGAGAAUAUAAAGAGGAACUUGAAAAACUGAAGGGGCAGGAACGUCAGGCUGAGAAAAGCACCCCAUUGCUCGAAAAGAUUGUUGAGUUUAUAAAAAAUGCAUUUAAGUGGUUAUUAUCUUUUGUGGGUUUCUGA